UAUACUUAAUUAUUUUCUGUUCCAUCUUAGUUUUCAAUCCUUCGAGCAGACUGCAUUAAUUGUGAUAAAACCUCAAAAUUAUUCUAGGUGUUCUAGUAAUGCCAAAGUUUACUUAAGGGUUCAUAGUUAAAAAGUUUAUUUAAUUAAUAAUUUUCACUGAUUUAUGAAAAAAUAAUAAUAAGAAAAGAUUUAUAAAAAACUAGAAUUGAAAAUCUAUAGUCUCAGGUCAUGCAAACUGUUGUCCACUCAGGAGGUCAAAGAUAGGUUUCCAUAUUCAAAAUAUACGACUUGUAGAAGUUUAUUCUGGAGACACCUCUCAGAUCAUGACUAGAUUCAAUCCUAUCAUGCAACCCUAUCAAGAGUGUAUAUAUAAGCACUCUCUGCAGCAUCUAUAUAUCAGAUACAAAUCUGCAAACACCUCUAGCUUUUCUUUCAAAUUUCUCCACUUUCUCUUGAUUACCAUAAUGGAUUCGAGUGAUCAAGCAGACAGAAUAUCAAAUCUACCAGAUGUUCUUUUGGUCCUCAUCAUUUCAUGCUUAUCUUUCAAGGAAUGUGUUCAAACAUGUGCCCUCUCCAAGCGGUGGAGAUCUGUCUAUCUUGAGACAAGGAAUGUUUCUUUCAAGGAAACCGACUUUUUGAGCCCUUCUGUCGACGCAAAUCCCAUAAGAAAUGCUUUGGGUAGGAUUGUAUUCGUUGAUUACGUGCGUUGUUGGGUCGCUAGAAUCCAUGACCAUCCCAUCGAUACGUUCGAGAUCUCUAUCUCGUAUCCGAAGACUUACUUGGAUCUGAUAGAGUCCCUGAUAGUGUUCGCGGUCAGAAAAAAGGUCAAGAACUUGGUUCUUGAUUUCUCAAACCAGGCAUGGAGAAACUUUCAUGAUGUAAACAAUCAAGAUUUGGUUGUCGAAAUCCCACAAAGUGUCUAUGAUCUAACGAGUCUCGAGUCGUUGAAAGUUGCCGCUUGCAUGGACUUCGACCCCGCAAAACUAUCAAACCUAGGGAAGCUCAAAAGCGUCUCUUUCGGCUGGAUGGAACUGAAGAAUCUUGAGCCUUUGCUAAAGACUUCAAGGAUUGAGAGUUUAAGUAUGAACGAGUGCUGGGGGCUUGAUUUUGAAUUGGUAUCAGGGGAUAUGAGAGAAGUUGCAAUCAAAAACUGCGACUUUUUCCUUAACUGCACCUUUGACCUCCCUAGAGUUGACAUACUCAAGUACUCGGGAGAUAUUUUACGCUUCGAGUUUGAUAAAAUGAAUACCAUCAUAAGCGAAGUUGAAUUUGAUUUCCGGGCAUUGGACAAUAACAAAGAUGAAUCAAACAAUCCGAACACCGUAGAAGGAGGAAUGCUUUGUCAUCUUCUUAAUAAUCUCCUUGAUAAUGGUGGUCGAUCUGCUACGACCUUAACGGUCUGUCCGUUUCUACUCAAGGUAUGUCUUUAGAUUUACAUUACAUUUUCACACAUUAAAUCAUUCAGUGUAGGUUCAUUUUAAAUUCAAGGUUCUUUGAAAUUUUUGAAUACUUUUGCCAUGUGGUAGUAAUUGUACCGAGUGAUAAGAAAUUAUGUUGAAUAUUUAGAUGUUGUAUAAACAUAUUAUAUUUUAGUAGUUCGUGAAAUUUAUUAGGUUCAGUGUGUGUGUUUGUCUGAGUGUUUGCGAAAUAUAGUAUUGAGAGUUUUGCAGAAAUAUAUUUUGAGCAAAAAAAAGACCCAUGAGAUUUUUUCUUCUAAAUAGAAAAUAGUUUUGUUAAUUUUUUUUUUGAUAUUUUCUAUACUUUUUUAUAUAUUUUAAAAAGUAACAAUUCCUAUAAAACAAAAAAAAAAUCGUUUUAAUUAAAAUCUCACAUUAGUUGAUUUUUGGUUUUUGUUCUUAAAUGAUCAAACAAAAUUGAAACUACUUUUCCUAAAUUUUAGGAAAUUUAUUUAUUAAAAAUUUGGUUGGCUAAUAAAGUGUUUUAGAAAAAAUUAAAACCAGAAUCUGAAUCUUGAAUAGUUUAAAAAGUGUUUUUGAAAACCUAAAACCCAAAUAUGUUUUAGAAUCUAUAAAACAAGCAAGGCCUAUAUUUUGCAUUACAUAGGAGACAAUAUUUCUUUCCAUAUUGUUAAUUAAAGUUAUUUCUUAGUGAACAUAGAGCUAUACCCUAAAAGUUUAGCGUUAAAGUAUUGUAUAUAUUGAAUUUUUAGAAUAAAAUAUUGACCUUGUGAAAAAAAUUUCUUAUGUAAGAUGAUUCCAAGAUCGCAUCCACAUUUGCUUCACCCGAUGGAAACAAAACAUUUAGUGCUGAAGACGGAAUUGCAUCCGAGAGAGUUCAAUGGAAUUAGGCUUCUUCUCAUGAACUGCCCAAACUUGGAAACACUCACUAUAGAUUUGCUUCCUCCAAGCCCCAUUGCGGUAAGUUUUCUUAAUAUAAAAUUAUAUACCCUCAAAAAUGAAUUAUAUGUUACAAUAAAUAAAUAAAUAAUAUAUAUAUGUAUAUAUAUGGAUCUCUUCAUAUUAUUAAACCAUGCGACAAUGAUUUCAUAUUUCCCAGAUGGCUUCAUCAUAUGCUGGCAUCGAUCCACAGACAUACUGGAUGCAAAACAUAUCAUAUGAGUGCCAGAGAGAAACUCUAAAAGCAGUUAUAAUGAAGAACUUCAUUGGUGGCGCAAAGGAGCUGCACAUAGUGAAGUUUUUUAUUAGAUCUGGAUGUGAGCGUCUGGAAAGAGUUGAGCUAUACAUGCCGUUUGAUUUGGACAACGGUCGAAAGGUGUUUGCGCAUGCCAAAUCUGAAAUGUUGCAGCGAAGUGCAAACCAUCUUCAAGUUGUUGUGCACAAUUCUUGAAGAGGUGAUCUAUUCAAGACUUACUACCGGGUUUAUUUUACCGUUUAUUUAUGUUUUCGAGUCUGGUUUAAUAACUUCAAGAAUGGAUGUUCUUGUUUGAAUCCGUUUAAGUUUGUUUCGGUUUAUUUGUUUUAUGAAUAAUAGCCUCAGAAAAAAUGAGGACUUGGUCAUCUCUAUGAACCAAAGAAAAACUUUGAUUUCUUUUAAAGAUUUGGUUAUUGUUUCCUGCUUAACUUCAUUUUAGUUCAUAUUCCGUUAUUGUUGUUCCUGCUUAAUUUCAUCUUUAGUUCGUAUUCAAUUUUGGUUUUGUUUAAUACAAGGAAUGUGUACUACGUAGAUGUAUUUGCAAAAACACGGUUACAAUUUCUAGUUAAAACUUGUGGUUUUGCUUCUUUUAUUUUUUAUUUCCUUUUGGUGCAUCUUUGGCUUAGUUAAAUUGAUAAUGUACAGGUGUUCUGUUAUGAGAAAUGUUUAUAUAGUAUAAAUGUUUUAAAACUUUAUAAAUGUUUUCACUUUAUUAUACAUGUUAUUUGGAAAAUUUGAAAAAGGAAACUAAAUAAAAAAAAUUCAAUAAUACUAUUUAAAUGUAAUAUUUUUAAUUCAUUAAGGAUAUCAGUGUAAUCAACCAUCGCGAAAGUUAACGUGAGCGCGACACAUAAGAAACUGAUUUCUCAAAUAAUAUUAUAGAAAUUGUCUUUAUCAUGUAUUUUACUUGAAAAAUAUAAAAGGGAACAUAAAAAAACAAAGAUUAUAUUAAAUUUUAUUCAUUAAAUAAAAUGCUUAAUACUUUUAAAAUAUAUAUUAUAUUUUUAAGAUUAAAUUUUAAAAGGAAGAUUGUUUUUUUACUUUAAAAAUGAAGAUUAUUUUGUGAACUUUCCUUAUUAUGAAUUACACUAUAUAUAAAAGAUAUUUUUGUUUUUUAAAUUUAUAAAAUAUCUUUAUUUGAUAGGUUAUUUGAAAAAAGGAAACAUAAAUAAAAAGGAAAAAUAAAAUAAAAUAAUAUUUAAUAAUGAUAAUUAAAUAUAUUUGAUUCAUUAAGGGUAUCAUAGUAAUCAACCACCGUGAGAGUUAAUGUGAGCGUGACACGUAUGAAACUGACUUCUCAAAUAAUAUUAUAGAGAUUUUUAAAUAACAUAAAAUAUACUUUUGAAUGAAUAGAAUAUUUAUUUAUGUUUAUAUUUUCUUAGAUAAAAAUAUAUUUUUGCAUAUAAUGUGAUUUCAUAAAACAAGAUUCACACACAUAAUCUUGAUAUUAGAAAAAAAAAAGUAAUUCUAAACAUAAUUUUAAACAAUACAAAAAUAUAUAUAUUUUCAAAGUAAUAGAAAUAAUUUUUAUAUAUCUAUCUAUUUUCUUUACAUAAAAUAAUUGAGUAACAUAAACUGUUAUAAUUUACUUCUUUUGAAAAUUUUUUAUAUAUGCAUGAGACUGUAGAAUAUUAUUGUUAUAUUACUUUACGUAAUUUGGAAUCAGACACUUUAGUUUAUUUUAUAUUUAUUCUAAGCACAAUAUAUCUUAAAUUA